AUGUCUCUGCUGCCAGCACUGGCCAUCCUGCAGCAGGGCCUUGUGGGGCUGUGCCCCGAUGAGGCCUCUGCCAAUGCUUUGGAAAAAACGGUGGUGGUGUUUACUAUGGCAGUCAAUGCAUCGCAGGGCGAAGUCCUUUCGGGCAGCACAAAGCAGGAGCUGACAGAGAAGAUCAUCGCCCUGGCACAGCAACUGGCUCUGCUGGACCAGUCUCUGGCAGGGGACCCCUUCACUGCCCCCGGCCGGCUUAUGAACGUCCACGCAGCCUGCGCCGCCUUGCACGCGUGCAUCAGGAUCGGCACGACCCUCAGCCUGUCGCCCAGCGAUGCAUUCCGGCUGGCGGCAGCAGCCAGGCCGGUGAUCAACGCCGGAACAGCCGCGCUGACAGUGGCGCUGGCCGAUCCGCGACAUGCACGCGACCUGGCAGUCCUGGGUGACCGCGCCGCCCAGCAGCUGGGGGUGGUGGAGGGAGUGCUGGACGGCAUCCUAGUCGGCCCCGAUUACAGCCGCUCGGCGCGCGCGUUUGCGGCCACGGCAGCCAACCCAACAGCGGCAGUCGACUGGCUGGUCACCGUCACGCAUACGCUCGACGCGGCGACUACCGCAGGCGGGCGUGAAGGCUUGAGGUCGAGCGCCGCGCAGCGCUACCUGGCAGUGACCCACUCUUUCAUUACGCACCAGGAAUUUCAGCUGCACAGCCACCUGCUGGCCUCCCUCGCCAUCAACGAGCGCACGCAGGUGGCCCGCACGCUGCUCACCCUGUGCCUGCCCCCCCUGGUGGAGGGCAUGGAGGCAGCUGCCGGGGCCCUGGAGGAGUCACGCCCAGGCAGCAGCGCCGCAGCUUCGGCAGCCAUGGACCUCGGUCAUCAGCUCGGCCGUCUUCAGUUGCUGGAGCAAUGUGUGAAACAUCCAUCCCUGCAAGCAGGCCUCUCAGCCACUCUGCAGCUGCAUGGCAGCGGGCGGCUGGUGCAGCUGGCGGUGCGGCUGGCCGCGGCUCUGCCGCUGAGCCCGCCCCCGGGCAUGGAGCGUGACGUUGCGGCUGGCCACGUUGCAGCUGGGCAAUUGCUGGCGCAGCUGGUGCUUAUCAUGCGCCUGACGCUGGAACAGAUGCGCGCAGCGGAGCAGGACGCAGCCGAAGAGAUUCGUGCUGCAGAGCGGGAAGGCGGCAGCAGCAUGGAUGCUGGCAGCGGCAGCGACGGCGAGCACAGCUCGGCACAGCCCGACAGCAACGACCACGGCGGAGCGGAAUGCAGUGCAGAAGGCAGCGGACACGAUGAUCGCGGCAAUGACUCUUUGAGCCGCAAGUGUAGCAGCAGCCAGCACUUGGAGGAGCGGCGAGCAGCGGCAUGGCAGGUUGUGCGCCUGCUGCUGUGCCAGAUCUACGACAGCUGGCUGGAGGCACCUCCGGCCGCUAUCUGCGACAAAGGGCUGUCCGCAGCUGCGGCGGACAGCCUGGCGGGCAGCCUGCUCCGACUGCACAGCCUCAGCUGCAGCAUGGUACACUGGCUGGUGACGGCAGGCAAAAAGUCUGCACUGGUUCCCGAGAUAAACGACGGGGAGCCCCACAAGCUGUGGCGUGAUGUCAUCGAUGCGCUGUGCAGCCAGAAAUUUGCCGUCUGCCAAGCUAUGCACACAGCGACCGCAGGCAGCAACGCCGCCUCGCGCUCUGCCAGCCAGCGGCGCAUGCAGGUCAUGCACCACACGCAUCAGGCAGCUCUUCGAGUGGCGUACGCUGCUGCUAGCGGGCCGCUGCCCAGCGACGCCGAUGCUUGCAGCCUGCUGACCUUUCCGCUAGCCUAUUCCCUGUGGAUGGCGGUUAAGUCUUGCCCGCAGCUGUUGGUAGCUGAUCCCGCAUGCGCGAGCCUCUUGGAGCAGGCAUUGCGAGUGCAGGCACCGGGCUGCCUGCUGGAUGAGGCGCAGGCCCUGGUGGAGGCCGGAGGUGCAGAUCCGGCACUCACAAAGCUGGUACAGCGGCGGCUAUCCACAUUCGCAGAUGUCAUGGCACAGCUGGAGCAGGCAGGCGGGGACGCUGCAGCUGCGCUUGCCGCCAGCCCGCCGGAUGGCAGCGAGGCGGAGCAGCAGCAGCAGCAGCAGCGUGAGGCGCGGCGGCAGGGCCUGCAGUCUGCCGUGUCCAGGGCGCACGCGGCAUGGGCCGAGGCGCAGCGCAGCAGCCGGGCCAUGCCGCUUGCUGGCAGGGCGGAGGUGUACCAGCAGCAGGCGCUGCCGGCAGCCACCCAGCUGGGCAGCCUGCUGCAGGAGUACCGGUUGCUGCCAGAGCAGGUGGCAGCAGCCGAGCUGGAGCUGGCAGAGAUUGCCGCCUGCCGCGCCUGCGCCAACCUGCGCUGCCCCAGGCUGGAUGAGACCACACAGCCGGCGGGCAGCAGGAAGAGCCUGUGCGCCGGCUGUCGGGUGGUUCGCUUCUGCGGCCCGGCCUGCAUCAAGAUGGCCUGGAGGGAUGGGCACAAGCGGGUGUGCGCGGUGCUGGCAGCCAAGCGGCAGCAGGCAUGA